AGCAGCCAACCGCCGCGGACGCCGGCGGCUAGCGGCGCUCCCAUUGGGUGGCGCCGUGCUCGCGCCAGCAGUCGCGCAAGGCUGCGCCGGGGCGUAUGUGUCGGCGAGGACAGCGGCGGCUGCAGCCCUCGCCGGGGCCGCCGCUAUGGACGCAGCUACUCUUACUUACGACACUCUCAGGUUCGAAUAUGAAGACUUCCCUGAGACCAAAGAACCUGUUUGGAUCCUUGGCCGGAAAUACAGUGUUUUUACAGAGAAAGAGGAGAUCCUGUUGGAUGUGACCUCUCGGCUUUGGUUCACCUACAGAAAGAACUUCCCUGCUAUUGGAGGAACUGGUCCCACGUCUGAUACUGGCUGGGGCUGUAUGUUGCGGUGUGGCCAGAUGAUCUUUGCUCAGGCCUUGGUCUGCAGGCAUUUGGGAAGAGAUUGGAGGUGGAUAAAAGGGAAGAAGCAGAUGGCUAAUUACUUCAAUGUUCUUAAUGCCUUCAUUGACAAAAAAGACAGCUACUACUCCAUUCACCAGAUAGCCCAGAUGGGAGUUGGCGAGGGAAAAUCCAUAGGUCAGUGGUAUGGACCAAACACAGUCGCACAAGUGCUGAAAAAACUUGCAGCUUUUGAUACAUGGAGUUCACUGGCAGUACAUAUAGCCAUGGACAACACAGUAGUGAUGGAAGAAAUCAGGCGGUUGUGCCAGUCCAACUUCCCGUGUGCUGGAGCUGCAGCAUGCCUUGCUGUGGAGUCAGACGUACUCUACAACGGGUACCCAGAGGAAGCAGGGGUUAGAGACAGGCUUUCACUGUGGAAACCAUUGGUGCUGCUGAUACCUCUUCGCCUUGGGCUCACAGAGAUCAAUGAAGCCUAUAUUGAAACACUGAAGCACUGCUUCAUGAUGCCCCAGUCGCUGGGAGUGAUCGGAGGGAAACCAAACAGUGCUCACUACUUCAUUGGCUAUGUAGGUGAGGAACUCAUUUACCUGGAUCCCCACACUACACAGCCUGCAGUGGAGCCCAAUGACAGUGGCUGUAUCCCUGAUGAAAGCUUCCACUGCCAGCACCCUCCCUGCAGGAUGAGCAUUGCUGAGCUUGACCCCUCCAUCGCAGUGGGCUUUUUCUGCAACACAGAGGAGGACUUUAACAAUUGGUGCCAGCAAAUCAGAAAGCUGUCCCUUGUAAGAGGAGCGCUGCCAAUGUUUGAACUGGUUGAACGCCAGCCUUCGCAUUUCUCCAACCCUGAUGUCCUGAAUCUCACACCAGACUCUUCUGAUGCUGACAGAUUGGAAAGGUUUUUUGACUCCGAAGAUGAAGACUUUGAAAUUCUAUCCCUUUGAAAACAAACAGGAAACUGACUGCAAAUUUGUGUUAUGUGUUGGGAGAAGGGGGGGAGGGAAGCUCCUUCAAGAGCCUGGGGCUACCGGUUUUCAUAGGUGCUUGCUGCCAUCCCCACCUCGUCCAUCCUGGCAUUCUGUGCAGCCUCUGAGUGGAGAACAGAUGAAGAAUCAAGUGACACAGCCUUACUGUCUGGAGUCAGAAUUUCUCAGUAGAAAACAGUUGCUGGAAGUGGAUGCAGUUGUGCUUAGGAGUUAAAAGACUUAUCUGUUACAUCAGCAGGUCAGAUGGCCUUCUGGGGAGGCAUAGAAAUCAUUAAUCCUUACAUGGGGACUCUGAAGCUUAAGUAGAGCUACCCAUCAUUUAGCAGGUGAAAUGUAGAGUUAAUUCCUUUAGCAGCUUCUCUUCUCACUGGCCAACUUGGACUGCAGCUCACAAUGCAAGUGAACAACAGACACAGCUGUGAAGCCCCUGGAGUGCAGAUGGCCAGGCUUCCUACAGUACACCUCCUGUCCGUGCUUUGCAGUACGCAGCACUUCCUCCUAGAUUUAAUGUCCCUCCUCACAUGCUAUGAAAAGGAAGUUGAGGGAAUUUACAAGUAACUGGUAAUUCAAUAAGCAAAAGGCUGUCUGGGAAAGUAUGGAGCAGACCUGUGCUGCUGGGGAGGAACAUCUCUAUCUCAGUUUAAAUAACAGCAGAAAGAAUGGAAGAAUAGAAAAUGUGUGUGUUCCUGCUCCGUGAGUCAAUCAGACAUUGUGCUUCUACAAUGGAUUAAUGUCUACAGCAAGUAUCUUCAGGAAAGCUGCUUCAAGCAGAGAAUUGGAUUCCGUAGUCCUGGAAAAACAACAGUCCACAGCUGGGAGAGGCAAAAUAGGGCAGCUGAGAUCUGCCAGUCAUGUGCCUGCUUGUGCCAGCACCCCAAGGGAACUAAUCCUGUUGGUACCAAAAAUGUGAGCUAUAGAAUUCCUCAAGGUGUCCCCCGUGAGUUGUAGUUCCUCCAGCUGCUCCUGUUAGACAUUCCCUUUCCAAAUCAGAAGAGGGGCCUGAAGGUCAAGUAGGCUUCCUAGCUCAGUGGGUACCUUUCUUUUUGUUUUCUGCCAGCUUCACCUCCCUGCAGAGUAUGCACAAAGGUACUGUAGGAGCUAACCCAGAGAAACCCAUUUCAAGUCAUCAUCCCAAAGAGGGCAGUAAAGACAGAAUGCCUUGAGAAGGUCAAAUUAUACUGGAAAUUUUAGCUACUUUUAAGAUGAUAGCUCUGCCUGGGGCCCUUUUCCUCACAGAAUUUGGAGAAGGGUUAAAGAGUAGAGGAGAGCUGUCUUAAUGCAAACUGCAGCAGAAGUUGCUGAAGUAGUUUCCUUCAUGCACGCUGCAGAUUGCAGACCUGUUUACAAGGCUUUGUUUUCUACAUUUAGGAUGGAACCUGUCAGUUGAUGCUUUUGUACCCAAGGCUGGUGCCAGCUGGCUAGAAAUGACUUGUUUCUCCUGUCACUGAUACACUGAUGCUCUCUAACUGUCCCUGUUACCCAAAUGCAGAGGUUUGAACUGGGAACCACAAUGCUUCUGUCACUAAAUUAUUAUUUGCUGC